GGUUGCAGCCUCUCGCCCGGCUGCACGUCUGGUUUAGCGCCUCCAUACAUAUAAUCGCGGGUGAACCUCUCGCUGCAUGCACAGGAGCAGGCCAAAGUGAACGUCGCGUGCAUGGGCGAGUCUCGAGGAAUUUGCCACAAUGCAGAAACUGUAUGCUAUUUCACAUCUAUCUACUCUGUCGCCUUGUCCCAGCUCUGCCAGCACCGCAGCGGGGCACCAUGUACAAAUCUGACAUGACCAUUCCAGUCAAGCAAUACUCUGAGAUAAGCACGAUAAUGCAACAUCUGUCUAUGGCGAUUGCGGCUGGGGCCGAUGAAGCCAACUCGCAGCCCGACGCGCAACAGCACACGACACGGCAAUGCGCGCGGUUCCAUUUCCCUGUGUGCAGCCGGGCAGAGGGCAGGCAGUGUCGCACCAUGUGCCUGGUUAUAGGAGCUGCUGUUGGGCGAUAAGCACCAGGGGCGGACAUGGGUCGGGGUAAUCAAAGCUAGAUGCAAGCUUGAGCAAUGUUAGCAAUCUGACGGCAAGACAGAGCCAACUUGGUCGAGUUUAUCGAGUGGGGUCAGACGACAGUACUGGCAAGUAGCAGGCGCCUUGCGAAGGCACCCGGACAGCUCCGGUUUCUUCAAGGUCGAAUCGGCAAGGAAAAGAAGGUGCUGAGGCUAUAAUCAUUCCAGAAAAGCAACGAAAAAGGGAUCAACUUACCCAGUGCACAGAGCUGGCUCGGGGGGCAUCGCGAGCCAGCACGCAG